AUGUGCUUUUCUUUUGGUGAUACUAUAUCAUUUUUGUGGAUGUCGCCAAGAAGUAAAAUUCAUGUAUGCUUAGAUUCAACCUUUAUUAUUACCGCCGAAAUUGACGAAAAGCUUGAUGAACAGCAAGUUGUAGUAGAUCUGUUACCACAUACAUCGCUCUACAAACUGGCGCCUGAGUCUCAAGAUUCUGCAACGAAAAUGCUAGCAGUUCAAAAGGAAUGGAAUGAAAAUGACAAUAUUGUGCGACAAAAUCGCGAGAUGAUGCGGAAAAGUUUGGUGACUGUCAGACAGCUGAAUCCGGCUCAUAUGGAGCAAAUAUUAGAAGCUAUUAAAAACCCUCCCAAUAUUUUUGCUCGAAAUUUCUCUUCCUAG